AUGGGGAGCGAUUCAGAAGCAGAGAAGUCGAUUCAAAAGGAGAAUAAGAAGAAGGUUAUCUCGCUUGCUCCUAUCGCUAAACCUCUUGCCGGCAAAAAGUUACAGAAGAGGACAUUUAAACUCAUUAAAAAAGCUGCUGGAAACAAAUGUUUGAAGAGAGGCGUUAAAGAAGUGGUGAAGAGCAUAAGACGUGGCCAAAAAGGAUUAUGUGUUAUAGCUGGGAACAUUUCUCCCAUUGAUGUCAUCACCCAUCUCCCAAUCUUGUGUGAAGAAGCUGGUGUUCCUUACGUCUACGUUCCAUCCAAAGAAGAUCUUGCGCAAGCAGGGGCUACAAAACGACCAACAUGUUGUGUCCUGGUCAUGCUUAAACCGGCCAAAGGUGAACUAAGCGCAGAAGAUCUUCAAAAGCUAAAGACAGACUACGAACAAGUAGCAGACGAUGUCAAAGAGCUUUCAACUUCAGUAAUCUGAUUAGGAACUAGAAUCAAAGUAACAACACUACGCAUGUGAUUUUGUUGUGUGCCUUAAAAGUGUCUUUUUGGUUACUGAAUAUGAUAUGAGAGAUUAAGGCCCUUGUAACAAUUUUUGAGCGGUUGUAAUUUAGCAUCAUAAAAGAAUCUUUUUUUUAGGCAGUGAUAAUUAAUCUCAUCACUAAUUACGC